AUGUCAGACGAUCUCAAAGACGAAAUAGAGGCUCUCAACUCCAUCUACGGAGACGACACUCUUCGGCCCUCGCCGCCCAACUACAUCCUUGUCCUACCCGGCGGCCCGGGCGCCACGUCCCUGACCAUCCACUUCUCGGACUCGUACCCAGACGUGCCGCCGGAGGUCCUAGGCACCCACAGCGCCGGCGAGAACGCUCCCCGCGGCGCUGGAGCGCGCGACCUCGCCAUCUUCCGCGAGGCCGUUGCCGCCGUCUACCAGCCCGGCGCCGUAUGCCUGUUUGACGCCGUCGAGGAGUUCUCGAGACUGCUGGAGGUGCACGCGGAUACCGAGCCGUCGGCGCCGUCGCCUUCGCUCCGCGAGGAGGCUGAGCACGAGACGCAACCCGCGCCUUCGUUCCUCUCGGAGGAGCCGCCGUGGAUCGCCUCGGAGCCGUUCGUCGAGCUCAAGUCGGUGUUCCUCGCCCGCGCCGCCCCCGUCACCUCGCCCGAGCAGGCAGCCGGCUACGUCCAGCACCUUCUCGCCACGGACAAGAAGGUCCGCACGGCGACGCACAACAUGACGGCGUGGCGCAUCCGAGGACCGAACGGUACCAGCUUCCAGGACUGCGACGACGACGGGGAGACGGCAGCCGGGAGCCGCCUGCUUCACCUGAUGCAGUUGAUGGAUCUGUGGGAUGUCAUGGUGGUGGUGUCACGUUGGUACGGUGGCCAGAAGCUGGGCCCGCGCCGGUUCGCGCUGAUUAACAGUGCUGCGCGAGACGCUUUUGUCAAGGCCGGUUGGGUGGAGGAAGCUGGGCAAGGCAAGAAGAAGGGGCACAGCAAAUGA